AUUGGACUCACGUGUACCACAUACGAAAAUAUACGUUACUAUCUUCCAGUUACCAUUAUCAAUUUGUCUUAAUCUCACGCCUGUGUAAUUCCUGAUCGCUGUUGACUGUUUUCCUACUAAAUCUAGGUGUUACUUGUGGGCUUACUGAUUUGCUGGCCCACUUCAUUGUUUCCAGAUAAUCUCAAACUGCGUCACACCACCUAGGUCCCUUGGGGCUAAACACAAAUUUACCAAAGGCUGGAGGUUAUAAACGUGCUUUAAUCAUCUUGUUUGAAGUUAUUUGUUCUACACUACAGUCACUCUACUUUUGAUAAGCGGAGACCGGAUUCAGUCCUUCAACAAAAUGCAUCUUUUCGGGCGUAAAAAAGAUCCAAAGGUUCAGUUAAAAGAAAUGACCUCUGUCUUAAGGAGACAAAAAUAUACUCUUCAGAGAGACAUUCAAACCCAUCUACGACAGCAAAAACAACUAGAAAUGGCUAUUAAGAAAUGUGCUAGAGAAUCGGACAUUCCUUCUGCUAAGGUUUACGCCAAAGAAUACGCAGAAUCUAAAAAAACCAUUGGCCGUUUGUAUCUUGCGAUGUCCCAAAUAGACAGUGUGGCUAUGGAAUUGCGUCACAUGGCUUCAGUGAGUCAGCUUACCAGUGGUAUGGAAAAGAGUACAACAGUCAUGAGUGCCAUGUCGGCCCUAGUAAAGAUGCCUGAACUUCAAUCUACAAUGCAAAAUUUAAGUAAGGAAAUGAUGAAAGCUGGUAUCAUAGAAGAAAUGAUCAGUGACACUUUUGAACCACUCGCCUCCGUCGAAAAUGAGGAUGAUUUGGCAUCUGCUGAGGUUAACAGAGUCUUAUGGGAUUUGACAGCUGGUCAGUUAGGUAAAGCUCCGGAGCCCGCGAACGAUUCAUUGUCAGUUUCGAAAGCACAAACGGAACUCUCAGUUUUAUCAGUUCAAGAUGAUGAUGAAGCAGAAGUGAAUGCGCGUUUAGCUGCUCUUCGCAGUUGAACUUCGGCCUAAUCCCUCUCAUCACAUGGGCUUUCUAGUUAUCGAAUGACUUGAAUUUAUUAUAUAUUGUACAUAAAACGGCGAUGUUGUUUCCUAAUUUUAUUCUUUAUAUCUAUGAAACAUCUGUUGCUUAGUUUUAUUUGUGCCUCAGGUUUUAGAUCGAACCCCAAACUCGCAAUACUUUGUCCAAUUCUAGGGAAGGUGAAAAGACUAAGGUUUUUCGCUCAUGUGUAUAUCUAUAGUAAUUAAGAUUUUAUUUUUAUUUCCUUUUUUUCUGAACUGACAAGCAAUCACUUUCAUCAUAAAAUUACACUUAUUUUGUCUUACUGUUAGUUUGUACGCACAUUGAUAAAUAAUUACUCAUAUACUUAACUUCCAAUAAGAAUUUUCUUAUGAAAAACUCCUACUGUAAUUGAUUUCCGUUACUUUAGUUAACGCAGUAAACAUAAGGCUGCCAUCGAAUAGCUAACCAAGGACAUUGAUCAUAUAAGCUACUGAUGUGAUUUUUAUUUUUUUGUAAUACGUCAAUAAUACGUAGUUUCAAAAAUUGACUGGAAUUUUCAUUCUGUUGCGUGAAAUCAA